UGCCUAACCAGGUUAUUUUGCAAGCCUAAUGGAUUAAAUUUUACUUCCCAUUUCCUUAGCAGAGAUGAAGUAUCGGAGUACUUUUUCUGUUGUUUACCAUCGGAGCAGACGGUUCUCAUUCCUCUAGUUCCCUGGUGCAGAGCAGCUAAGAGCCAGGUACACAGUCUGAUCAGAUGCUGUACUAGUUUCUCCAGCAAACCUAAUCAUGUUAAAACACAGCCUCUUUUUGUUCACUUUUGGACUAACUUUAACUGGAAAACCUUUUUGGAUAAAAGGUGUAUCUUCUGAACAGACAUCCAGACUUUCUACAUUAGAAAUAAUUAUUCCUCGAAGUCUGACAGGCAGAGAGAAACAUCACCCAUUUUUUCAUGAGGAGCAUUCAGAUGACAAUCUUUCUUACUCAAUUAAAACCAGAAAUGGAACAUACCUUCUAAAACUGAAGAAAAAUAAAAAGCUUCUUAGUGAAGACUUUAUGCUGUAUACAUAUGGGGGAAAUGGGAAACUGGAGGCAACACAGUCACAAAACGAGACACACUGUUAUUAUCAUGGCACUGUUGAAGGAAUUUCUGACUCAAUGCUUGCUCUUAGCACAUGUGAUGGCCUUAGAGGAAUUCUCUACAUUGGUGGCAAAUGGUAUGGAAUGGAGCCGCUCAACACAUCCAGCACAUUUGAACACAUGUUUUACCCAUUGGAAGAUAUGCAGGAUAUCCCCUUCCAAUGUGGUGUGCUGAACGUCAGCCUUCAUCACGACAAGAUGUUUGUGAAGCACUCUGUGAAAUACGUGUUCUUAUCAAACAGUACCUCUAGCAGGGAAAAGCUUUUCAGGAAGAAGCGAGCUGUCCUGCCACAGAAAAGCUAUGUGGAAUUAUUUGUCGUUGUGGAUAACAACAGGUUUUUGAUGAAGAAAUCUGAUCCUGCUGCGGUGCAAAGGGAAACAGUUGAACUGAUUAAUUAUGUUAAUGGGAUGUAUAGAGCAUUAAACAUCCAGAUUGUUUUGGUUGGAUUAGAGAUCUGGACAGAUACAAACCAUAUAUCUGUAAUGAAUGGUUCAGCUGGAGAUGUACUGAGUAGAUUCGUUUCUUGGAGACAGAAAGAUCUUCUUAAACGAUCAAGAAAUGAUGUUAGCCAUCUCAUAAUAGGGAGAAGUUCUUACGCUGGAUCCAUUGGAAUGGCUUUUGUGGGUACUGUCUGCUCACAAGUCCAGGGAGGGUCAAUCAGCACUUUGAAUCAUAACAAUAUGUUACGUCACGCUACAGUAGUUGCACAUGAAUUGGGGCAUAAUCUCGGAAUGAAACAUGACGAUAAAAGGUGUCCUGCAUCCUAUAUUAUGCACAGCACAGAUAAUGGAUCCAGGAAUUUCAGCACCUGCAGUGCUGAUGAUUUUGAGAACCUUAUUCUAAAUGGAGGAGGACACUGCCUUAGAAAUCCUCCCAAACCAAGUAAUAUUUACAAAGAACCUGUCUGUGGUAAUAAUGUGGUAGAUAACGAUGAAGAAUGUGACUGUGGCAAACCACAGGAAUGUACUAACCCUUGCUGUGAUGCUGCAACCUGCAAACUCACGCCUGGAUCGCAGUGCGCUCAAGGACUGUGCUGCAAGAAUUGUAAGUUUAAAGUGGCAGGAGCCGAGUGCAGACCGAAAAUGGAUUUCUGUGAUCUACCUGAAUACUGCAACGGAAGCAAUGCCUACUGCCCAGACGACGUUUAUAUCAUGAAUGGUUACCCAUGCAACAACAUGAAGUCAUAUUGCUACUAUGGAGUAUGCCAGAGUUUUGAUUCACAAUGUGAAGCUAUAUAUGGAAAAGGAGCACGAAAAGCACCUGAUGUAUGCUUUGAAAAAGCAAAUAUUAAAGGAGAUAGAUUUGGAAACUGUGGAAUGAGUGGUGGAAUGUACAAGAAAUGUCCUGUUCAGCAUAGUCUGUGCGGCAAGGUCCAGUGCACCUCUGUUACUCUUCAAAAUCUUCCUGCUUGGAGUGUUGUCAAUAACGCAUCCGGUGUUUUAUGCUGGUCUUCUGACUUUGACUUAGGAUCAGAUGUCCCUGAUCCUGCUCAAGUCCGUGAUGGAACUGCCUGUGGAGAAAAGAAGGCCUGUGUAGGUUUUGAAUGCGUUGAUGCAAGUCGUCUGGGCUACAACUGUGAUGUAAAGGAGAAGUGUAACGAUAAUGGGGUGUGUAACAACAACGGGAACUGUCACUGCAAUUCCGGAUGGGCGCCUCCGUUCUGCAACGAGUCAGGCUACGGCGGCAGUGUUAAUAGUGGUCCAGCUCACAUAGAUACAUCACUUCGGGACGGUCUGCUUAUUUUUUUCCUCCUUGUGUUGCCAGUUGUAAUCAUUACUGUAUUAGCAGUAAUGAAGCAUGAUGCAAUAAGAAGAAGGUUUUGCAGGAAAAGCAGAAGACAACACAGGGACAACAAUGUGCAGCAACCAAAGCAAAGUAACGGCCCAAGUCAUAACGCAAGAAAUAAACAGCCUGCCACAUCAAGUCCUGAUUUUUUGACAACGUUGCAUUUUCCUGGUCCAAGGCAGCUAGCACAGACCCAGAUUCCUGCAGCUCCUUCAGGACCUCAACAACCCCCACUCCCACCUACACCAACCGUCUGAAAAGUUUCUUGGGAACCCUCACCCAAUUCUGACAAGUAACUGGUCUGAAAAAAACUUAAAGAUUGCAAUCCUCCAGUCCUCUCCUCUCCUCGUGUAGCCAAAACGCCUUCGGAAAGCACGUACCUCUGGAAAAAGACCUGAUGCCAAGAGGCACCAAACACAGAUUUUGUAACACCCCAUUGUUUUGCUAAUUGCUGCUGGCUACAUUUGUGCCUCUUCUGCCUCACCUCUUGAUUAUUUUUAAACCAAAAGCCUGAAGUUCAACUCUUGUUAGAUUAAAUCUGUAACAGCAUCUGAGAACAGGACUCUUCUGAAGUGCAGCUUUACUUGCAGGCCAAAGAGAAGUGAAUGCAGUUAUUUACAGAGUUUAUUCUCCUCUAGUCAUACGCCGCUGUGAAAAUUAGAAUGUAGAUUGACCUCUUGGGAAGCCCGCAGUCUGCCCAAUUCCCGGAGCGCUGUCUCAGCAGCACACGCACCGCAGCUGCACCCCACAUGCCAGGCUCGCCGACAGUUCCCACGCGUUGCUCUGAGCCUUGUCCUCGGCGCAGCCCAAGCAAAGCUGGGACCCAGAUGCCACCCCUCACGACCCACUGGCCACGCUACCUGCCAGUUCAGGUAGUGUAUGAAAGUAACCUCAUAACACUAGCCGUGGAAACAAACUCAGUAGGUAAUGUAUCUGAGUCUAAAUGAAACCAGCCCAUCUCUGUUGCUACAGAAAAGGUGGGGUAUCAGGAAACAAAUUAUACAAUGUAACGAUGGUUUAAUGGUUACUGGUUACCACAAAUUGCGAUUUUUGCUAAAAACUGAUUCAACUACAAAGCCAACAGGUAACUUUCAUCAUGCUAAAUGGGACAAUUGGAAUCCUGUACUGAUGUAAAAGAAAAUACAUGUAGCGACAGUUUGUCAAAACGGCAACUAACUGAAAAGAAGCUGCUACGCAGAGACAAACUCAUGGGCAAGACCAAGGCUGCUGACCAGCCCGUACGUCGCGGGAUAAAUCGCACCGUGCAAACUUUGGGGUACGAGCUAGCGCGUGGGGCAGGGCACGGAGCCCGGUACAGAGCCGCCUCUGCAGAACGGGCCUCUGCCCCCUGUGCUGGCCGCCUCACCGGGGGCUGGCCGCGGGACCCAGCGCGUGCAGGCAGGGCCGGGCUCUGCCGAGGGAGCGUCACCGUCCUUAAUUCCUCAGGAUCUUUAAUUGCUGUUAUCACGUAUCCCUAUCGCUUAGGCCUCACCAACAAGCGCAGUAUGAAUUACCGCAAUUUAAAAUAAAUCAUCAGGGUCCGCA